UCGUUUGCAGUAUCCCACCCCGAGUGUCUGUCACUCCUCAAAUACCAACCGCCAUCUCGUUCCCUUCCACGUACACAAUACUCAAUAUGUCCGUUAAUCCUUCUGCCCUCUCAUCACAAUCAUCCCCUGCUCCGGAAGCGGGCCCUUCAAGAAAGCGCCCACGCUCCGAGAUUUCCUCAGAAGAGCGCAAAGAGGCUAGGGCGCAUCGUAAUCGUAUUGCUGCCCAGAACUCUCGCGAUCGCCGAAAGGCCCAGUUUUCUUACCUCGAGCGCCGGGUCGCUGAACUCGAGGAGGAGAACCGCCAGCUCCGUGUGGGCAUGGCACCCGGCCACUCGUUAGCCGAUGAACAACGAGCAGCUGACAAAGCACGGGAACGAGAGAACGAGGAACUGAGAGAGCGUAUUAAGACGCUGGAGAAGGGAUGGGAUGCCGUCGUAAAAGCGCUCGCCGCUAAUGGUGUGCCGACGGGUCUCCCACUACCCUCAUCAGAGCCGGCUCCUGCACCACAACAGCCAGCUCCGACACCUACUCAAACGAAUCCGCCUCCGCAGACGGAGCCUACAUUAACCCAAAUAACACCACUCUCCCCCGCUCCCUCCUCACAUUCCUCUUUGGAUUUUGACAGCCCCAUGUUCUCCGCUUCCUCUCCCUCAUCUGACGUGUCUGACAUCGAGCCCACUCGCCACCUAGCACGGGUGGCGACCACCAGCGGACCAGUUAGCUCUGGUACCAUGGUGUCCCUGCAGCGGGUGGACUUGAUAUCUUCACGUUCAACUCUCCCUUCCCCCCAUCUCAGACACACGAAGAGCAGCCUCCCGUCGACGAUGCUACUAUGGAAAACCUCUUCCGCGAAAUCCUCGCUGGUUCCCCGGAGACGGCACUUCUACCUCUUGAGGCAGAGGCGCCACUGCCAGCUCCCUCGCCGGAAGUAGCGUCGCUCUCGAGGUUCGAUGAGAUGGCCAAGGGAAGUCUGUUGUUGAGUGGAGUGGAGGCGGAGGUGGAUCUGAACGUCAACUGGGGUUAUGAGGACCUCGAUGUCCAGAGACUAC